ACCUCUCCCCGUCGAUUCCGCCUCAGAUCGGCGCGGCGCGGCGCGAGGCGAGGAGCCGCCGCGAGAUCGGCCGGCCGAUCAGCUCGCGUGGUCUCGCCGGAUCACCGGAUCAGGUUGGUUCACCGUAGCCGCCACCAUCGACGAUGGCUAUGGAGACGCCGCCGCCGUUCCAGGAGUCCGCCCACUGCGACGUCUGCGGCUGCACCUUCACCACCUUCCGCCGCCGCCAUCACUGCCGCAGCUGCGGGAGGACGCUCUGCCACGAGCACUCUUCGUACCACAUGGCUCUGCCGCAGUACGGGAUAUACACGGACGUGAGAGUCUGCUACGAUUGCUUCAACAAAUCCCCUAGUCAUGGGGGUGUUGGCAACGCUGGAUCACCUGGAAGUGUAUCUAGUGCAGCCGACUCCUUUUCAGGGUUAAACUUGGGUAAGGACGAUGCUUCAUCACCUACGAAAAACUCAACGUUUCACAGUGUAGCUCCUGUUAUUGAGUGCAAAUGUGGAAUGCCUUUGUGUAUAUGUGAGGCACCGAAACCGGAACCUGCACCUGUAAAGCAGAUUAUCAGCACAACUUCCUCAAGUGCACCGUCAAAUCCUAGGCCAAAAAAAUCUUCUACCAACCAACAAUCUUCUGAAUCAAGUGCCAAGAAGGCUUCGGCCACUUCAAGCAGCAACUCAAGCUCAUUCUUAAAUCUUGGCCUGAUGAGCAAUGAUAACAAUGAUAAGGAUCUUUCUGAAUAUGAUGUUACUGGGGAGGGACUGAGGGAAGCAAUUAAGAGUGGGGAUAUUAAAGCUGUCAAGAAACUUCUCAGCCAGGGAGUCGAUUGUAACUACUGCGAUAAGCAAGGAUUUACUUUGCUACAUUUGGCGGCACUAUUUAACCAGACAGAGAUUGCUCUUAUUCUCAUAGAUAAUGGAGCAAAUGUUCAGAGCAAAAAUGGGCAAGGGGAAACUCCAUUGGAUUGUGCUCCAGCCAUGCUGCAAUACAAAAUGCGCCAGAGGAUGGAAGAACUUGCGGCAUCACACACAGCGACCUGAGUGACCUGCACUCCUCUCGUUCAGUGCCAAAAGUUAAAAAAAAAAAAUGGUGCCCCCCUCUGCAUAUGGCCCUGAAUAAAACCUGUUUUAACAACCUCGAGAGCCGUUUUUUUGUUGUGGGUAUAGUAGUAUUUUGAGCCUGGCACCAUCGCCUGUAAAACACCGAAACUCAUAAGGUUUUUGCCCGCUAAAGAUAAUUUAUUCUGUUUAACCUUA